GGUGAGUUUUGGACCCAAGAGUGGAUCCACCAAAUGGGUUUCGUCCUCGGAAAGGCUUCAAGAUCCAUCAGAGGGUCAGGACGAGUUUGAGGAUGACCAUGUGGAAGGAGAAGACGAGGGACUCCAAAGCUUUGGUUUCAAUGAGAAAAGCGGUCGCAUUGAGAUGAUGGUGGUCAUGGCGCCUGAAGAUCCGAAUUCGCAGUCCUCCCUGACCAUCAGCUUAUACACCAGCGGCUACCUCCAUGGUCCCCGGCGAGUGGCAGCUACGAAGUGCAGCCUCAGUGAAUUCCUGGAGUGUCAUCCGGAAGAACAGGUGAAGCCACGUUCGAUCUCCUUAGAGAGUGUCAGCCAUGAAGUUUCCUCUCCUUCAGUCUUGAUUGCCAUCAAGAAAACCAGGAACUUCACGGCGCCGCGGAAUGCGCGGAAACCGGUGCAGCCGAUGGUGUAUCUGCUGCGGGCCUACUGCUUCACAGCACGGAGCAUCAAGCAUUCGAACAUCCGAAAUGAUCAGGAUACCGCCAGUUUCGGCCUCACUGUGAGCUGCACGGGAAUGUCGAAGAGGACCAAGGCAGUUGCAGGCCCAAGGCCCAUGUGGAUGCAACCGCUGGAAGUAAAGAUCCUACUCUGCUCGGACUCCACGCGUGAAGCUCCGGCCACGGAACCCAUCAAUGUGACGUUGUGGCAGCAGGGGCAGGUCAUGUCCAGCGACGUAGGGAAGGCCACGUGCAUCUACUCACACAUGCGAAAGAGAGAUGUGACUGGACGCUGGGAGCCCUUCUACCUGUCGCCCCAAUGGAUCAAGCUCUACGGCGAACAGGGCUCCAGUCGCCACGUUGGAUCCUUGCUGAUUGGCUUCGAGCUGUUGCUCUUCAAGCAUCGCCACGAACCCUUUCUGGCUGCCAAAGAUAUGUGGCCACAUUUCAAGGAGACCUACGACCAGCGGCACCACUUGUGUCGCCUGCGCAAGGCCACGCUCCACUUCUCCCUGCUGGGCCUGCGCGACGUGGCGCCGCUGCCCCGAGUGGAGGCGCUGGGCUCGGCCGGCGGCACCGUCCACGCGGAGAAGCCCAGCGUCACGGUGGAGGUGGUGCAGUUCGUGGCGCCGGAGGAACAGAAGGAUGCCGGGAAGGCGCGAAAGCUGGAGUUUCACUUUGGCGAAGCUCACCAGGAUCCUGCGAAGAUGAAGCGGAUGAAGCCCUGGGUGUCCACCAUCCAUGCGGGCAGUGGCAGGGCCAAAAACUUUGAUUUUUUGGAAGCUGGGAAAUUGCAAUGUCUGCUUCCAGAGAAGGGUGUCUUGGAACCCUACCUGGUGAUCCGCGUCUCCGAAGCUCCUAGCGCCGUUGGCGCCUCCUUAGGCUACGAGCCCUACAGUGUGGGAGAGGCCUUGGUUAGUCUGGAGGACCGCAGGCCCUGCUGUUGGUUCGAAGGGAUCAGCCUCAAUAAGAGUUAUGCCUCGCAGCAGGGCCUGCUGGCACAAGCAGCAAACAAGAGCCAUGGCCAGGCUCUGGACAAGGAGAAGUACCAGGAAGAGACCGAAGAGGAGCUCCGCCGCGAGAUCCUCCGCCGCCGCUCGGCGGCGGCGCGCCGCGGCGCCCCCAAGGAGGUCGCGGUGCAGGACGCCCUGCAGGCGCCCAGCGACGUGGCCUUCCUGGACCCUGCCGGGGUCCCGGAACCCCUGCGAAACGCAGUGAGGAGGCCAAUGGCGCUGAGCUGUAAGGAGAUCAACAUGCAGAACCCCUCCAGCUUUUCACCACGGCCAGGGGCCAAGAUUAAGUCCAUUGCGGCAAGGAGUGUGGUGGAUGGAGCCUUGGAAGAUUCUGCAGAUGGGACCUUUGACACCAGUGACUUUUGGUACAAGUCCUUGCGACUGGCGAAGAAUGAGGAUGUGAUGUCCGGCAACGAUUGGCACUUCCGUGCUGCCUGCGCUGGCUUCGUGAAGUGUGCGUUCAAAUUGGUGGAUGGCUGGGAGAAUGUCCAGCAGGAGGGUGAGGAUGCGCUGAACGACGAGGAGGACUCGGAGGGCGAGGAGGAAGAAGACCUUUCUCCCACGCACCAGGUGGUGGAAGACGUCAAGGCUGUCGAGUCCAGAGGUGAUAUUUUGAGGUUGAAGAGCUCUUAUGGCUUGGAUCCAAUACUGGAUGGCUUCGCAUUUUCCACGGAGACCUUGUACCAGAGAUAUCGCGAUCCUGAACAUGUUCCACCUCGAAUUCGAGCUCGAUUGUAUUUGGUAAAAGCCAUUUUGAUUGGCCCCAGCGGUGAGAAUCCAGAUCCCUUCUUGGAGAUUCAACUGGGUCGAGAGACCAAUAUUCAGAUGCGAAACAUGGUGCAGAUGGGCACUACCACCCCGGAUUUCCACCGGAUGGAAGCACGAGACAUCCAGAUGCCCGAAGACUCACGCCUGGAGGUGACGGUGAGAUCUCUGCAAGACCUCGCGCUGCAAGAUCCCAUACUUGGUGGCACAGUCAUCGAUUUGGAAGAUCGCUGGCAUUCGGGGGCCUGGCAAAAGGCCAACAGGGUGCAGAUGGUGCCAGUGGAGAACAGGCCCUUGUUCAGCAAGGAACAGCCUGGGAAGAGUUGUGGAACACUUGAGAUGUGGGUUGAGAUGAUCGAGAGCUCAGAGGCGGCCAACAUGAAACCCUCAGCUCUGGUGAAACCGCCGCAGCUGGAGUUAGAAGCGCGUUUGGUGAUUUGGAGCACGGAUCGGGUAAAGUUGAUGAACGAAGAAGCAACCAACAUCCGAAUCAAGACCCAGCUGGACUGCAAAGAAUACAUCGGAAACUACCAAGCUUUGCAAGAGACUGAUGUUCACUUCAACUCCAAAGAUGGCAAGGGUGUCUUCAACUGGCGUAUGGUCUAUCCCCGCAUCAAGAUGCCUACGUGGUCCUGCACUUUGACGGUGGGCCUUUACCACUCAGAGAUGCUGUCGGAUACCUUCCUGGGCAGCUUUGACCUUGACCUGAAGAAGUACCUGGAAAGGGUGGCACGCGACUCGGAUGCCGUGACCGUGGGCCCCAGCGACCUCAGCUGCUUCAAUGAUGAGGAAGAAGUGGGCUCUGUGAACAUGACACUCUAUGUCCUUACGCAGGCAGAGGCUCAUGGACGCCGCGUGGGCAUUGCGCGUGAAGAGCCGAAUGAGAACCCGCAGUUGCUGACGCCCACCGAAGGUCGCGACUGGGGCACCUACCUUUCAGCCUUCGGAUUUGCAUGGCCCGAUUUCGGUCUGUGGAAGAAGUUGGUUCCGUUGAUGAUUGCCAUGGUGAUUUUUCUGGUGGCCAUCAUCUUUCUGCGGCAGGUGGGCAUCUUGUAAGGCAACUGGAACUUCAACACAUCGUGUAACCAAUCGUCCAGCAAAACUCAGAUCUUCAAACGAAGAUCUGAGAAUGUACAUAGACUUGGGGGUUAUGCUCCGCGCCCGUCCCACGAAAGCAUUGCUCUUUGGGAAGAAAGCUCCU